AUGAGUCUAGACAUCCAACUUACUGCCCCCAAUGGGCGAAUUUACAAGCAGCCCACCGGAUUGUUCAUCAACAAUGAAUGGGUCAAGUCAUCCAAUGGCGAAAAGAUCUCUUCCAUAAACCCAACAAACGAGCAAGAGAUCACAUCCGUCUACGCCGGUUCGUCUGAAGACAUCGACAAAGCCGUCAACGCUGCCCGCCGUGCCCUUCGCAACCCCGCAUGGCGAGACCUCCCAGGCACUGAGCGUGGUAAACUACUCAGCCGUCUUGCUACACUCGUGGAAGAGAACAAGGAGAUUCUCGCGACGAUCGAGACUUGGGAUAACGGAAAGCCCUACUCUGUCGCUCUGAACGAUGACGUAACUGAAGUCGCUGAGACGUUGAGAUACUAUGGUGGUUUUGCCGAUAAGGUGUUUGGACAGGUCAUUGAGACCACAGGCGACAAGUUUGGAUAUACCAUUCGUGAGCCUAUUGGUGUCUGUGGGCAAAUCAUUCCAUGGAACUUCCCUCUUGCGAUGGCAGCUUGGAAGCUCGGCCCUGCUUUGGCUUGCGGUAACGCUGUGAUCCUCAAACCCGCAGAACAAACACCUCUUUCAAUUCUCUACCUCGCCAAUCUCAUUGUCCAGGCAGGCUUUCCACCUGGUGUUGUCAAUAUCGUCAACGGUCUAGGAACUGUUGCCGGUGCCGCGCUUGCUUCACACAUGGACGUCGACAAGAUUGCCUUUACUGGUUCUACACCCACGGCACGCUCAAUCAUGAAGAUGGCUAGCGGCAAUCUGAAGAACAUCACUUUGGAGACUGGUGGCAAGAGCCCACUUAUCGUCUUCGAUGAUGCCGAUGUUGACUUGGCUGCAUACUGGGCCCAUGCUGGUAUCAUGUACAACCAGGGUCAGGUGUGUACUGCCACGAGUCGUAUCCUUGUCCAGGAGGGUAUAUACGACAAGUUCAUGGCUGCUUUCAGAGCCCAAGUCAAGAACAUCUCCAAGGUGGGCGAUCCCUUUGAGGAGAGCACCUUCCAAGGUCCCCAAGUUACCAAGGCCCAAUAUGAAAGAAUAUUGUCCUUCGUCGAUGUGGGUAAGAAAGAAGGCGCCAAACUUGCUCUCGGAGGUCAACCAUUCAAGGUUGGCGAUGGAAAAGGUUACUUUGUCGAACCGACCGUCUUCACAGAUGUUACACCCAAGAUGCGUGUUUUCCAGGAAGAGGUCUUUGGCCCAUUCGUAGUUGUCACCAAGUUUGCUUCUGAAGAUGAGGCUAUCCACUUGGCCAAUGAUACACAAUAUGGACUUGGAAGUGCACUUUUCACUACAAACCUUGCGAGGGCGCAUCAGGUUGCCAAGAGGAUCGAGGCAGGUAUGGUAUGGGUCAACUCAAGCAAUGACAGUGACUGGAGAAUUCCCUUUGGUGGAGUGAAGCAAAGUGGCAUUGGUCGGGAGUUGGGAGAGGCUGGUCUUGCGGCUUAUUCCAACAUCAAGGCUGUGCAUGUCAACAUUGCAGCCAAGUUAUAG